AUGCCUCUUCCUUUCCACCACCUGCUUUCAGGGCAAAAGAAGUUGGAUGAGUGUCCUGAAUUUACUACCCAGAGUUCCAGGAAGAAAUAGCCAGUGGUCUGACGAUCACCUGAACCCCCUCCCUGUGGGGCCUAACGUGGGCCCUCCUGUUCCCUGGAGAUUCACUCGUUUGCUCUUCUCCUGGAAUUAGCACCAAGAGCUUUGCCUCCCUGACUCCUUACACAGCCUUGUUUGUCUGGAGAGUAGCUCUUGGCCAAGACCUGGCAGUGGAGAGCCAUGGACCAGUACAACCUUGGGGACGAGGGUGCCCUUCCUCCAGAGAUGCAUCUCCCUUCAUUUUCUGAGAGCCAGGGACUCAACUGCAGUGACACCCUCAACCGGGAUCUGGGUCCCAGCACACGAGACCUGUUCUAUGCUGGCUUGAGUGGUUUGGACCUGGACCCUAGCCUCCCAACGCCUGACAUGGCCAGCGAGGUGCUGGAGGACAACUUAGACACGCUGUCCCUGUACUCAGGGAAGGACAGUGACUCCAUGAAGCUGCUGGAGGAGUAUGCAGACCCGGAAUCUCAGGCUUCCUUACAAGACCUGGGGCUCGGCGUCCUCAAGGUGCCUAAGGAGGCUGAUGAAGGAGGCAGGGCCACCUGUGGGAGCAGCAGGAAAGGAAAGCGUCAGCAUGCCUCCCCCCAGAACCCGCUUCUGGACUGUAGCCUGUGCGGGAAGGUGUUCAGCAGCGCCAGCUCCCUUAGCAAGCACUACCUGACACACAGCCAGGAGAGGAAGCACGUCUGCAAGAUCUGCAGCAAGGCCUUCAAGCGCCAGGACCACCUGACCGGGCACAUGCUCACACACCAGAAGACCAAGCCGUUCGUGUGCAUCGAGCCGGGCUGCAGCAAGAGCUACUGCGACUACCGCUCCCUGCGCCGCCACUACGAGGUGCAGCACGGCCUGUGCAUCUUGAAGGAGGCGCCCCCGGAGGAGGAGGCCUGCGGGGACUUCCCUCACACCCACGAGGCCCCGCGCUCCCUGGGGCCCCCCGAAGCCAGGUCCCCUGGCUCCCUCUUGCCCAGCCGAGACCUCCUGCGCUGCCUGGUGAGCAGCAUCGUCCACCAGAAGAUCCCCUCUCCCGUCCUGGCCCCUGCGGCCCCCUCCGAUGGCGGGGAGGGGAGGAGCGCGGCCUGUCCCCGCGCACCCUCUUCUGGGCCCUCCUCCUGCACCCCAGCAGGCAUCCCGGCGGACCCGGCAAAUCGGGGCACGGAUGUUCCCGAGGAGCCUCGGCCCCCGCGGAAGGAGCCUGCUGCUGCCAUGGUCACGGCCGUCCACUCGAGAGCCGUGGAGAACGGCAGCACCGACCCAGCCGAGUCGGAGCCACCGGUGCUUCCGCUGCCGCCCACCCUGGAGGGCUGGCCCGAGGGCGGCCCCCUGCCUGCCUGCCUGCCUCUGUUCCGAGGCCAGACGGUCCCUGCCAGUUCCCAGCCAGCCAGCCACAACUUCCAGUGGCUCCGGAACGUGCCCGGAUGCCCCAAGAAUAAAGGGAACAAUGUGUUCCUGGUCCACAAGCCCCCCUCAGUGCCGUCCCGGGAGGGCUGUGAGUCAGGCCCCGGGCCCAGCAGCACUUCCCCUGCAGGGGAGCCCUCGCCCAGCUCGGGCACUACCAGUCUGGAGGACACAUUGCCCUUCCCUGCCACGCUCCUGAAGGCACCUGGGGAGGUCUCCAGUGACCUGAGAUAUGCCGGCGGGGAAGACGACUCCUGGGUUUUCAAGAAGAACAAGUUUGACUGCGACUCUUUCUCGUGGCAAAACCCCGGGGAGCCUGGCCUCCAGGAUGCCCAGAAGCACCCGUCUGAUGCCACACCACUCUUUCGGCAGCUCUUCCUGAAGUCCCAGGAGUCUCUAGUGAGCCACGAACAGAUGCAGGUGUUCCAGAUGAUCGCCAAGUCCCAGCGGAUCUUUUCUCAGCUCCCUGGGCCCGAGGGCAAGCAGGCCACCCUGAAGCCACUGCCGGGGCCCUGGUCCCAGCAGCCCCCACCGCCGGCACCCCCUGUUGACUCUCUCCAUGCUGGCCCCGGGAACCCGGAGCCAGAGGGGUCCCCAGCCCGCAGGAGGAAAAUCACGCCAGUGUUCCCCAGAGAGGCCUCCCCAGCCAGCACCAGACGGGACUUAAAGGCAGGUCCAGAAGUGGCCACCGCUCCUCCGUCCCUCACAGCAUCAUCAUUGGACCCUCCCGCGAAUCCAGACAUCUCCUCUCUGGCCAAGCAGCUGAGAUCCACAAAAGGGACCUUGGACCUGGGGGACAUCUUUUCCCCAGGGGGCCCACGGCAGACCCAGUUAGGUGGGGAGGAAUCCCUUGGAGCCCAGCUCUCAGGGAAGCAGACCCAGGCGGAGAAUGGCACAGCUUUAGGGGCCACAAAAGGUGAAAAGAGCCAGGCCUGCGCCCGGGGCGGAGGCUACAGGCUCUUCUCCGGCAACUCCAGGUCCCAGCGCUUCUCCGGCUUCCGAAAGGAGAAGGUGAAAAUGGAUAUGUGCUGCACAGCCUCCCCGAGCCAGGUAGCCAUGGCCUCCUUCUCGUCGGCUGGGCCUCCGGCAGAGCCGCUGCAGGACUCCAAGUCCAAGCUGACCAUAUUCAACAGAAUCCAGGGUGGGAAUAUCUACCGGCUCCCCCAUCCGCUGAAGGAGGACAACGUGGCAGGUGGAUGUAACCAGCAAAAUGCGGGCCCUGCAGACUGGGCAGAGCCAAGGAGCACUUAUGUCUGCAAGAAUUGCAGCCAGAUGUUUUAUACAGAGAAAGGGCUGAGCAGCCACAUGUGUUUUCACAGCGACCAGUGGCCGUCACCUCGAGGGAAGCAGGAGCAGCAGGUAUUUGGCACGGAGUUUUGCAAGCCACUGAGACAAGUGCUGAGGCCAGAGGGGGAUGGGCACAGUCCCCCAGGAGCUAAGAAAUCCUCCGACGACAACACAGCUGCAGCCCCUUCGGGGAUCCCCAUGCCUGUAGCUCCAGGGAACCGACGCACUGGGAACACCGCCAAGGGACAAGAGAAAGAUGGGGAGGAAAGAGACAGCAAGGAGAGCAGCCAGCACAGGAAGCGGAAGAAGCGCCCCCAGCCCAAGGCCUUGUUCUCCCCUCCUCCACCCUCUUCAUGUGGGGAGCCGGGCCUGGGAGGCUGCCACCAGAGCUGUCUGCGCUCUCCAGUGUUCCUGGUGGACCGCCUGCUCAAGGGAUUGUUCCAGUGCUCCCCUUACACGCCGCCCCCAAUGCUCAGCCCUAUCCGGGAGGGCUCGGGGCUGUACUUCAACACCCUCUGUUCCACCUCUGCUCAUGCUGGUCCUGACAAACUCAUCAGCAACAUGCUUGAUCAAGUGGAUGGCUCUUUUGGCAUUUGCAUGGUAAAGGAUGACACCAAGAUCAGCAUUGAACCACACAUCAACAUAGGAAGCCGGUUUCAGGCUGAGAUCCCAGAGCUCCAGGAGAGAUCGCUGGCUGGAGUUGAUGAGCACGUAGCUUCUCUGGUCUGGAAGCCGUGGGGAGAUGUGACGACCAACCCAGAAACGCAGGACAGAGUGACUGAGCUCUGCAACGUGGCCUGUUCCAGCGUGAUGCCAGGAGGGGGCACCAACCUGGAGCUCGCUCUGCACUGCCUGCACGAAGCCCAGGGCAACGUUCAGAUCGCCCUGGAGACCCUCUUACUCCGAGGACCCCAGAAGCCGCAGACUCACCCACUGGCCGACUACCGCUACACAGGUUCGGACGUCUGGACCCCCAUGGAGAAGAGGCUUUUUAAGAAGGCAUUCUGUGCCCACAAGAAGGACUUUUACUUGAUACACAAGACGAUUCAGACAAAGACUGUAGCCCAGUGUGUUGAGUAUUACUACAUCUGGAAAAAAAUGAUCAAGUUUGACUGUGGCCGAGCCCCAGGACUGGAAAAGAGGGUCAAGAGAGAGCCAGAUGAAGCAGACAGGACAGAAGCAAAGGUCGCUUGCAGCCCUCGGGAGAGACCCAGCCACCGUCCCACUCCUGAGUUCAAAAUGAAGACCAAGAGUUACAGGAGGGAGUCCAUUCUCAACGCCAGCCCGAAUGCCGGCCCCAAGCGGACUCCCGAGCCGCCAGGGAGUGUGGAGGGCCAGGGUGUCUUUCCCUGCAGAGAGUGUGAGAGGGUGUUCGACAAAAUCAAGAGUCGAAAUGCCCACAUGAAGCGCCACCGGCUUCAGGACCAUGUGGAGCCCGUCGUCGUCAGGGUGAAGUGGCCUGUGAAGCCCUUCCAGCUGAAGGAGGAAGAGGAGGAGGAGGAGAUAGGGGCUGACAUCGGCCCCCUGCAGUGGUGAUGGGGGGGGGAGCUGGGGCAAGGCAGCAAGUCUGGAUGGGGGCCUCCAGCCUUGUCACCUUUCCCCUCGGCCUCCCCAGGGGGUCGGGGCACCCCUCUGCCUCCUCCCCACCCUUACUGUCCCUCACUGGCUAGCCCGGCAUGGAAACAUGGUGGGCAUUGGCCAUAAAUAGGCAGGAGAAGCACCCAGUCAUCAGACUGCUGUCGGCUGGUGCCAGACGCUCCAUUCCCUUUAGGCUUUAAAUCGUCUCUCCCCUUCUUGCAGUUCCCCUCCUUCUAGAGCAGGGAGGCUUGGGGAGGAAACGGGGUAGAUCUGGGUAGCUCUUAAAUCUUCGCCUCAAUUUUGGGGUUUGGUUACAUUUGUUAGAUAAGGCCAAGACGUAGAGAAUCAGUGGGAAGAUACCUUCAGAUCUCCAACAUGUUGGGGACCCUCUCCAGGGGAGUCUCUCUGCAUUCCAGAUUCAGUCCCUAGUCUUGCAAUGACUUGUACAUUGUUAGGGUUUUUUGUACGUGUCGACUUGUAAAUCUUAUUAAAUUGGGUUCU